AUGGCCUUGGAUCAGUGGCCCUAUCCCCCCAACAUCUCCAUUCCGGAGCCCCUCCUGUAUGACAGCUACAUCCAGGGGAACGAGUCCGACCUGGACCUGAACAUCUCCGAGACCAGUGAGCCUCACCAGGACAAGACCAGCUCGGUGGUCAUCACCCUCAUCUACUUCAUGGUAUGUGGCGUGGGGCUGUGCGGCAACUCCUUGGUCAUAUAUGUAAUCCUGCGCUACGCCAAAAUGAAGACGGUGACCAACAUCUACAUCCUGAACCUGGCGGUGGCCGAUGUUCUUUGCAUGAUGAGCCUGCCGUUCAUCGGCCUGCAGCUGGCACUGGUGCACUGGCCCUUUGGAGAGGUGCUUUGCAGGGUGAUCAUGACAGUAGACUCUCUCAAUCAGUUCACCAGCAUCUUCUGUCUGAUGGUGAUGAGCAUCGAUCGAUAUUUGGCUGUGGUCCACCCUAUUAAGUCCACAAAAUGGCGGAAGCCCCGCGUAGCCAAGCUAAUUAACCUGACAGUAUGGGGUGUGUCGCUGUUAGUCAUCCUACCUACGAUGAUCUUCAGCGGCCUUAAUAAGGUGCCAGUGUGUGGGAUCGUGUGGCCGGAGCCCCAGGAUGUCUAUUACAAAGCCUUCAUAUUCUACACCUUCUUCAUUGGAUUCUUCCUGCCACUUGCAGUCAUAUGUCUGUGCUACCUGCUCAUCAUAGUCAAGGUGAAGUCGUCUGGCAUGCGAGUGGGUUCCACCAAGCGCAAGCGCUCCGAGCGCAAGGUGACGCGGAUGGUAUCCAUCGUGGUGGCGGUGUUCGUCCUCUGUUGGCUGCCUUUCUACAUUUUCAACGUCACCUCGGUCACCGGCUCCAUCAAGCCCACGUCUGCCGUGAAGAGCACCUUUGACUUUGUCGUGGUGCUCGGCUACGCCAACAGCUGCGCCAACCCCAUCUUGUACGCCUUCCUGUCGGACAACUUCAAGAAGAGCUUUCAGAACGUUCUGUGCCUGAAAAAGGUCGCAGGCCUGGACGAGAUAGAGCGCAGUGACAGCCGGGCAGACAGGAGCAGGAUGGCUAACGAUGCUGCGAUCAUCAAUGCCAACUUGGAGACUCACAAUGCUGCCCUGUUGAACGGCGAGCUGCAGACCAGCAUCUGA